GGAAACUGCGGUCGCGUGCAUAUCUACAUGGUACAAGAGGCGGUAUCACGUCACGUUGUAGUUUAUGGAAGGCCGUCAAUGCUGGAAUAUAAGGUUCUCUUGAAGAAUUAUGAACCGUAAAUAUUAAUGAUUGACACUUGAAGUUAGAAUUUGAGAUUCAACGUUCAGCAUCGGAGUGACCAGAAUGCCGACUUUGUGGUUCAGGAUUGUCAUUUUGAUCGCAGGCUGUGUGCUCCAUGGAGCAGUUGGUUGUGGUUCGGGGAACGGGUUUGAGGCGGUACGUACCUCUGGGACUCAAACGUAUUGUUAUCGCUUGUUUACCGAUACAUUGGUUUGGGAAGAGGCUAGGGACACCUGCAACACCAUCUACUCUCAUCUUGUUGCCAUAGAAACGGCAGAGGAAGAUGACAACGUCGCACAAUGGUUGCAAUCAAAAGCAUUUACAAGUGACGUAUGGACUGCUGGUAACCCGGAUGAUGCAGGAGAUUGGAAAUGGAACAACACUGGAGAAUAUUUCUUUAAUGGUACGACCCUGCUCUCCAUCAGAUACACUAAUUGGGCCCCCUUGGAACCAGAUAAUUCGGGAGACAGGAUGCAAUUGUUGGGAGCAAGUAACUUUCUCUGGGAUGAUACACCGGGCACUGACACUAAAGCUUACAUAUGCGAGAGACCUUUCCUAGGUGGUACUGGGGGUCCGCCAGGGACGGGUGGUCCGCCUGGUACUGGGGGUCCGCAAGGACAACCCGGUUCUGAUGGAUCCCCGGGUAUACCUGGAGAACCAGGUCUGCCUGGACCACCGGGCAAUAGCACAGGAGGUGGGGGACCAGGAUUCCCUGGUUUGGUUGGUCCGCAAGGUCCAAGGGGGUUAGCUGGACCACAGGGUCCCCCGGGAAGGCGGGGAGAAGACGGUAGAAAAGGAAUGGAUGGUGCCCCUGGAACCCCCGGAAGGAAUGGCCUUCCAGGGCUACGAGGGCGGCCAGGUUAUCCCGGACCCCCAGGACGUAUCAUACCAUUCUUCGGAUCACCCGGACUCUCUGCAAACCGUGUAUUUCCAAAUCCAUUUGCCCAGAGUCCAGGAAGAUCGCAGGCCAUGGUUGGCGAUCCUGAUGCUAAUGACGACUCUAUUACCAAAGCUCAGAUUACAGGCAAAUGGAGGAUAAUGGAAAUCUUAAUGGUCAUACUUUUCGGGAUUGUUGUAACCAUAGCAACGAUCAAGACGAUCGCAAUGUGCAGAAUGAAAUCAAGGAUCCAAAAGUUGGAGAAGCAAGUUGACUUGAAAAAAGAUGAAAAUAUCUCUAUGUAUUGAUCGUUAUUGUAUUUCGGUAAUAUAAAACAACUCGGAUUUCUUGAGAACUCGAAGUUCGUAUAGAUACUGUACAUGAUAUGCUUAUUAGAGUAUACAGACU